GAUGGUCCUAUAAUAAGCGCCAAUGCACUUGCCAGCACUGCAACCCCUGUAUCUGCCUGUCUGGGCUAGUAUGCAGUUGACCAUUGGCAUUGAUUGCACGGCCAGCAGCACCUCGGUGUCAAGACAUUGCAGAUGCAGUGAACUGACGGUGGCCAAGAACUCGAAAGCCCUUCUCUGAUAGACCCAUAACCCAUUGCUGAAGAGAUCUUGUACUCCAUCUCGCCCGACCUGGAGCGCCACUUUUUUGAAGGUCGGCUCCCUGACUAGUUCGAAGGUAGCACUUUCCAGCUCGAAGGACAACAGAAUGCUGUAGCGAGGAAGCAAGUGGCGCUCUGGGAGAAGAAAGCGGAGAUGGCCAAAGACCCGUCACUUCCUCCGGAGGUGAAGAAGUUCCUUGUUGACCGUGCGGACAAGUGUUUGUGUAUGCUGGCUGAAAGAAGAGAUACACUUGCCGUGGCAUCAUCGCCGUUCGGCACUAUCGAGCCGGCUGUGGGUCUGGCCGAGUUAUGGAAGCUGUGCUGCCAGUAUGUCGGUGCUGGGCAUUCGGAUGUGAUCCUGCGUGCUGCUCGGAUGUGCGACACUCUGCAGAGCGAAGAUGGGCUUGUUCGUGUUCUAAGUCACUUCUGUCAGGAGAAACAGUGUGGCACUUCUGAGCGGACAUUGAAGGUUUCCAUCAUGUCACCUCUUAUGGCAAGGGAAAGAUGCCAGCAGUACCCGCGUCCAUUGUGGUGCUUCCUGCUGCUCAAGCACUUCUUUAUCAUCAAGGAGAAGGGCAUAGAUGUUAGCAAUCAAAUCGGUGCUUUGCCAGCUAUCGACUCGAGCGACUGGAGCUGGAUUGCUCCUGCGGUUUCUUCUCCUGCCAGCGUCCCGGCCAUACAACCUGCUGCUGCCAGCAUCUCGACGGCCAUGCUGCCUGCUCUAUCAGGCAUGGGUAUGCCACCAGCUAGCGGGGGUAUGCCACCAGCUAGCGGGGGUAUGCCACCAGCUAGCGGGGGUAUGCCACCAGCUAGCGGGGGUAUGCCACCAGCUAGCGGGGGUAUGCCACCAGCUAGCGGGGGUAUGCCGCCAGCUAGCGGGGGUAUGCCGCCAGCUAGCGGGGGUAUGCCACCUGCUAGCGGGGGUAUGCCACCAGCUAGCGGGGGUAUGCCACCAGCUAGCGGGGGUAUGCCACAAGCUAGCGGGGGUAUGCCACCAGCUAGCGGGGGUAUGCCACCAGCUAGCGGGGGUAUGUGGUAGACCCGCCACUCAGUAUUGCUUACUAUAUUGAAUUGAGUGAUUGUGGGAAAGAUAUUGGGUGGAUCCCAGGCUAUUACGCAACAAAGGAAGGAAUUGCUACUGUUAUUCAAGACUGGGACCGACACAAUUGUCAUCACACUUCGCUACUUGUUUCGGCUGCCACGUAUGCGGCAGUACUUCUUUAGACAGCACACCCACUAGAGACUGCACAACUGUUACUGCAUAUCUAUCUAUUAUAAUGUAUGUAUGUAUGUGUGUGUGUGUGUGUAUGUGUGUGUGUGUGUGUAUGUGUGUGUGUGUCCCAUAUGGUGCAGUGGUAUGUGCAGCGAUUUCCAAUCGAUAGGUUGCGGGUUCGAUUCCCGACGAUUAUGGUCACACACGUCUUUCUUCUCUUUCUCAGACUCUUCCUGACUUUUCUUUCAUUCUCCUGGGUGGUUACCAACAGCCAGUGUAUGCCGGAGUAUGUGGUGUGGUGUGUGUGUAGAAAAAAAGAAAAAAAAAAAAAGAAAAAAAAAAUGGAAAAAUGAAAAAUAGGGAUUCACUGGCCAGAAAAAGUCACUUCAAACAGCUGUGUGGUGGAUACCAGGCUAAAAAUAGUGGCGGUCAAUUCAUCAGCCUUGCAAGCUGUUGAAUGGUGUAAUCCCAGCACAAGUUGCUAUGUCUAACAUAGCUGUUCGCUAUCAUCGCUCCCGCGAUGGGCAUGUCUGAGGUCUGAGGUGUACGUGUGUUUGUGUGUGUGUGUGUGUGCGCGUGUGUGUGUGUGCGCGCGUGUGUGUGUGUGUGAGUGUGUGCGUGCGCCCGCACGUGUGUAUUUGCGUACUUCUUUGAAGUAUGUGAGAGAGACAUUAGAUGGUCUACCAUGAAAAUGAUUAUAUUUCACCAUAAUUAUAGGCCUUUUUGGUAUUUUUUUGGUAUUUUUCUUGUCCUCUUGCCGCAAAGUGCUGUUUUCCUGUUCUUCCUACCCACUUCUUCCUAUCUACUUCUUCCUACCCACUUCUUCCUACCCACUUCUUCCUACCCAUUUCUUCGGAAAGUUCCUAGUAGACUCUAGGACGUAGCAUUAGAUGUGUUCUCAUCACUGACUCCUGUCGUUAGUAUAGUCAGUAUUGAAUUUCUUUUAUUCCCAUAGCUAUGCAAAAUACGUUACCUUAGUAGCAUCUGGCCCUAGCCAGGGUGCACAGGGCUCUA